UGUGGGGAUGAAAAUGUUGAAAAUUGUUUGAAGUCCAAUGAAAAUGAAUAUGAUGACAAUUGGUUAGAAUCUGAUGAAGACAAAAGUGAUUUGCAUAUUGGUAAACAAUUUGUAUCUUGGCAAGAUGUAUUUAUUUUUCUUGAUAAUUAUUGUAAGUAG